UCUCCCCUUCUCAGCUUCUUGCUUCUCCCCACAUCUCAUCGAAUUCGACUCUCUGCUUCUAAGUCCAAUCCCUAAUCCCCAAAAUCCCCAUGGCGAAGUUCGGCGAAGGAGACAAACGCUGGAUCGUGGAAGACCGUCCCGACGGCACCAACGUCCACAACUGGCACUGGGCGGAAACAAACUGCCUCGAGUGGUCCCGCAACUUCUUCACCAACCAAUUCUCCAACGCCGUCAUCCUCUCCGGCGAAUCCAACCUCUUCGUCAAGAUCAACAAGGUGGAGAAGCUCGAAGGCGAGGCGUACGUGAACGUGCGCAAGGGGAAGAUCAUCCCUGGCUACGAGCUUAACGUCUCGCUGUCGUGGGAAGGCGAGGCGAAGGAUUCGGAAGGGAAGACGGUCUUGAAGGUGGAAGGGUUGGUGGAUAUGCCGUAUAUCUCCGAUGAGAAUGCUGAUGAGGAUCCUGAGAUUAGGGUUUCGGUUAAGGAUGAGGGGGCGAUUGGGAAGACGUUGAAGGAGGCGAUGGUGAAGAAAGGGAAGGGGGUUGUUCAGGAGAAGGUUAGGGUUUAUGUGGAGGCGAUGGCGAAAGGAGGUCCUUGUAGGGACGAGUUGGAGACGAAGAAGGUGGCUCCUCCCAAGUCAAAAUCUAGUGCUGUACCGGUUGUUUCUGCUGCUGCGGCUGAGACUAAGGCGGUGGUGAAGGAGGAGAAGAAGAAGGUGAAGGUGAAGGAAGGGUUUAAGACGAUUACUAUGACUGAGAAGUUUAGUUGUAGAGCUAAGGAUUUGUAUGAGAUUUUGAUGGAUGAGAAUCGUUGGAAGGGAUUCACGCAGAGUAAUGCUAAGAUUAGUAAAGUUGUGAAUGGUGAGAUUAGUGUUUUUGAUGGGUCGGUUACUGGGAAGAAUGUGGAGCUUGAAGAAGGGAAGUUGAUUGUGCAGAAGUGGAGGUUUGGCAGCUGGCCUGAUGGUCUUGAUUCUACGGUGAAGAUCACUUUCGAGGAACUUGAACCAGGAGUCACCAUUGUCAAUCUUACUCACUCUGACGUUCCUGAAGAAGACAGAUACGGGAAUGCGACUGUGGUGGAAAACACGGAGCGAGGAUGGAGAGACCUUAUCUUCCACAGGAUCCGUGCUGUUUUCGGGUUUGGAAUGUGAUUUGUGAUUUUGAUUAUCAAGUAAUCAAAAUCAGCAAUGCUUCUUCAUCUAUAAAUUCGAUUAUGAUUUCAAUUCGCAACAAGAGGGACAUACAAACAAUGCAGAAAUUUGUUUUUCACUUGUAGUUUAUGCAUGAACUCUUUGGUCUUUAGUUAACAUUGUUUGGAUUAAUGGCACACAACAACCUAUUCACUUAAGAAAAAUGUUACAGACCAACGCAUGAGGGUCACAUACUUAUUGAACAAGAUUAUAAGAUUUACCAUUAGGAAUUUAGUUAUGGUAAACAGUCUAUUGGAUUGUGGACAUAUUAGUAGCUUUUUUGUUUUGUUAAAACGAUAAAUUAGGCGG